UACAAGGCGGUCAAACUCCCCUGGCAAAUAUUCUCCUGUACAUAGCCAGCGUAGUUAGUCUGGUAGAGACUACGUGUGCUUCAUCCGAAGAAAAAAUGUUCUCCAACAACUCUACUGCAGUUCAGCUCAACGUGACAAACUCUACCGCAACAGAGUUUGACUGGGAGCCGUACUUCUACGCCAGUUCCCCGUACGGAGAACUCCAGAUCGUGUACCUGGCCGGCUCGCUGCUGCUGGCGGUCGGGGGGAACACCGCGGUGCUCCUGACAGUUCUCCUGACGGAGGACCUCCACACGCCGGGGUACGCUCUGCUCUGCGCGCUGGCAGCCUCGGACAUCCUCCAGGCCUCCACCAAGGUCCCGCUGGCCAUACACUUCCUGGUCGUCCGGGAGUAUCUCGUCUGCAACGCCUUCCUGGUCGCCGUCAGUGCCAUCUACAUGUUCUUCACAAUGUUCGCCGUCUGUAUCAUCGGACCCAUCUCUCUCGAUAGAUACUGGUUCAUCUUCCCGCUGCGCUACCCGGACAUCAUGACGAAGACCCGCACGGCCCUGCUGACCGGGGUGUUCGCGCUCCUGUCCUUCGUCACCGUGCUGCCGCCUCUCAUCGAGGAGGGGCGAGACAGUUUCUUCCCGACGUACUUCGUGUGCAGGUACGAGGGGCCUGCGCGACUGAUCAGACAGUCUCUGAUGAACACGUGCUUCGCCAUCACAUUGGCAACCAUGUUCUUCUGUUACUUCAGGAUCUGGCGGGAGGUCCGCCGACAGCAGGCCUUAGUUGUCCAUCUGCAGCCCGCUCCGCUGGCCGACAGAACUCAGGGAACGUCCACGACAGGAGGGACACAGGACACUACAGCCAACCCGUCUGGGGACGCUGAGAGUGGCCGGGCAGACCUUGGGGACAAGUGGGCCUGCCCUCGCCAUGCACACGUCAACCUCGCCUUCCAGUUGGACGACGAAGAAGCCGGACCUUCAGAAGAAACACAGGCACCAGUCCAAGAUGACCCUCAGCAUAACGCUGCCGCACAGGUUUCGGCUGCUCCUUUACCUGCCCCCGCCGCGGAGCCGGGACGGCCGCUCCUGUCUGCCGAGUUCCAGCAGCGUCUGAGAACCGCCGGGACCGUCAUGAUGGUCAUCGGGGUGUUCUGGGCCACCUGGAUCCCGUACAGCGUCACCAUCUUCCGCAUGGGCAUCGUCGGGGUGGAGGAGGUCGCGCCAACCGACGGAGUCUGGCAGAGAAUCUCGCUCCUGGUCUCCAUGGUCUCCACCUACUCCAACCCCAUCAUCUAUGCCUACCGUAACAGGGAGCUGCGCCAGGCGUUUCUCAGGCUCUGUCGACGUCGGUGACUCUGAUCUACUAGUCGUAUUACCUGAUACCAAAGCCUAUCCAGU